GAGAUGCUAGCUGAACAAGUGCUGCAAAACAGCAAGCUGAGCGACGACCAGGUCCUUAUAAUAAGAACGGUGGUGGGCAAAAACCUCAGAGUGGCCGCCGUCUGCGAAGACUUGGUGGCACAGCACAGCGGCAUCCAUAACAAGGAGUGCCGAGGUGGUUUCCCACCCAAGGGCAAAAGCUAUGGUGGCAAGGGCCCCUUCCGGAACUACCCCAAAGGCAAGGGCUAUGGCUACCACGCGGAGCUGCCUGAGGAUGGCGACACCUACGGCUAUCCCGACGAGGCCUAUCACGCCUGGGACGCCUACAGCCAGAGCCUUGGCGGCUUCGAGGACGAGGUGGCUGCCUACUACCAGGGUGCGACCCAGGAUUAUGACUAUGUCGAGGAGGACGAGGCGAUUCACAACGCCUUUGCGGCCCUGGUCCAGGACGGCUUUGACGAGAACCAGGACCCGGAGGCGGCGGAGUAUGUGGCGGAGCUUUUGCAAGCAGAGGGCGAAGCCUAUAUGGUUCGCCAGCAGGCAGCCCAGCGAGGAUAUUCCGGGUUUCAGGGCAAAAAGUAUGAGUUCCGCGGGGAGAUGAGCAUUGAGGAGAGGGCACUGGGCCAACGACGCCUCCUGCCCCAAGGGCUCUGGAAAGGGGAAAUGCCAAAAAGGGUUAGCCUCGAAACCGCGGGAACCACGACUACAGCCAGCAAGGGCAAGAGCAAGUCCAAGGAUGGCUCGGCAAGGCCGCGCCCAGUCUACUUUGCCAUCUCCGAGCCUGUUCCUGCGGCCCCGGCGGCGAUGAUGGCAGAGCGCCCCAACUACAACCGAGUGCCGCCGCCGUCUUCUUUGGACACCGAGCCAGGACCGCCUCGGACGCGAUCCUCUCUGGAUGGGGUGGCGCCACCUGCCACUCUUUCGUCUUUGUUGGCUUGGUCUGGCGGCCGGCCAAGGCAAGCCGAGGACAAGAAGGACAACAAGGACUCCGGGAUCAAGACCGCUAACCCCUCAGCACUUCCCCGCGCAAGCUCGGCAAUGGUUGCUGUGGAUCGGGCAGCCCUGGCUGAGGUCCCAAGCGGGGCCCCGUUUUCAGGCCGGCUUGUUGACGGUGUGGACAUGGACCAGGAUAUGCUGAUCCGGGUCCUUCGCGCUAACAGCGACGUGGUGCUGGACCAGAUGAUUGCGGAGGCCCGGACCAUGGAUACGGCCGAUAACGAAGGACAGCUCCUUAUUACUCAGGGCCCCAUGGAGGCGGUCGAGUCUGCGGAGCCGGCCGCGAACAUCAUCGAGGACACCCGCGACGAGAAGGAUGUCAAGGAUGACGCGGUCCCAGCCCCAAGGUGCUUGCACGAGAGGACGACGACUAAGGGCACCAAGCGCUACUACUUCAUUCGAAGCUGCCUGGACUGCAAGAUGGUCCUCGAGCGCACCCAGAAGGCACAGUCGGAGAAAGCACCAGAGGGCAAGACGCCGUUCAAGCACAGCCCGGAAUCCUGCGCGCACCUCAAUGUUACCCGGCAAGGCACCAACGCCCAUACCUGGAAAUGGUACUGCAAGGAUUGCGGCACCCGCCGGGAAGGAAGACAGGGAGACGCUCAGGCCAGCAAUUUCGGAGAUAUUCUGGGUGGAGCGCUGGCGGGGAACUUUGCCCAAGGACCGGACUCCCACGCGGUCAAGGUGAUGGAGCUCGCCGGCACCGUGGUGAUGGUCCAGGAGAGCGGCGGCAUCCCGGUCCGCCUGGACCGUCUUCCGGGGAUUGUGCAGAAGUGUGCUGAUAUUUACCGCCAAAAGGCGGGACUUGCGGCUGGGAGUUCCUUUUUACAAGCCCCGCCGAUACAGCCAGGGCCAGCACCGCCCGACAGCAGCAGCACGGAUACCAAGGUCGUCCGGACACCUCUUGACAAGCCGGGCGACCCGAGCGAGGCCGGGAUCUCGGAUGAUACACGCCUGCAGUCGGGCAAGUACAAAGGAAGCAGCUUCAAGGAAGUGUACGACCACUACCCGGAGUACAACGACUAG